GGAUAGGCCGAGGGCGGCGGCAACAACCCGGAUGUGGGCGGGGCCCUAGCUGGGGGACAAGGCCUCCUGCUCGGCGGCUUGGAGAGGCGGAACUGCGUCCUCUCCUCAAUUACCAUGUGAGGGGCUGCGAAUUUCAUGGGGGGCAGAGGGUGCACGAGAACCAGGAUCCAAGCUGGCGGAGCCCCCGCCUUCGCUGUCCUCUCGGUCCCCCGCCAGCCGCGCUGCCAGGGUGUGUCUCCCUUAUUUCAGCCCCGAAGCGGCCUCUUGAAACUGUUUAAAUGAGAAUGUCCUUGGCCCAGAGAGUACUCCUCACCUGGCUUUUCACAUUGCUCUUCCUGGUCAUGCUGGUGUUGAAACUGGACGAGAAGGCACCUUGGAACUGGUUCCUCAUAUUUAUUCCAGUCUGGAUAUUUGACACUAUCCUCCUCGUCAUGCUGAUUGUGAAAAUGGCUGGACGGUGUAAGUCUAGCUUUGACCCCCGACAUGGAUCACAUAACAUUAAAAAGAAGGCCUGGUACCUCGUUGCGAUGUUACUUAAGUUAGCCUUCUGCCUUGCACUGUGUGCUAAGCUGGAGCAGUUCACUACCAUGCAUCUGUCCUAUGUCUUCAUUCCUUUAUGGGCCUUACUGGCUGGAGCUUUAACAGAGCUCGGAUAUAACGUCUUCUUUGUGAGAGACUGACUCUGCGUGCAUGUCUUUCCUGCUGCUGCUCAACGGUGUUCAUACAGUGUUCUGGAUCUUUGCAAGUUCAAGAACACCAGAGAUGUGACUGACAGUCCAAGUGUAGUCUUAAACCACUGUAAAGCAGGACUGGUGAGGCAUGAACUUGUGGCCAACCCAAAGCUGGAUUAUUCCAUAUUUGAGUUCUUGAUAUCUUUUGUUAUCCCUGUGUAAUAAAGCUUGUUUCUGACCUUA